AGCACGCUGAUUGGCUAAAAUUACACCAGCUUCCAUUGCUUGACAGCUGUCAUCGUCUGUUGUUGAGGUCAAAACAAAAAAGAAGCAUGGCUGCGUUGUUCAGAGGGUCACGAAUUUUAAUACUGAGGUGGAAUAAACAUGUCGACUUUUCACACGUGUCAGUGCGAUCAUUGGCUUCAAAAACCCCAGUGGGAUUUAUUGGUCUGGGAAACAUGGGCAGUCCCAUGGCCAAAAACCUAAUAAAGAAUGGUUAUCCAGUUAUAGCCACUGAUGCCUUCCCUGAGUCUUGCAAAGAGCUGCUUGACCUGGGUGCCCAGGUGGUGGACUCGCCUGCACAAGUAGCAGAGAGAGCCGACCGCAUCAUUACAAUGCUGCCAUCAAGUCCCAAUGUGAUAGAGGUAUACACUGGGCCAAAUGGAAUCCUGAAAAAGGUGAAAAAGGGGACGCUCUUAGUUGACUCAUCCACCAUUGACCCUGCCGUAGCUAAAGAGAUGGCAGUUGCUGCUGAGAAGAUGGGUGCCGUGUAUAUGGAUGCUCCAGUAUCAGGAGGUGUUGGUGCUGCCAGUUUGGCCAAACUGACCUUUAUGGUGGGAGGAGUGGAGCAGGAGUAUCAUGCUGCACAGGAGCUGCUAACGUGCAUGGGAGCCAACGCUGUUUACUGCGGACAAGUCGGCACUGGGCAGGCUGCAAAGAUCUGCAAUAACAUGCUACUGGCCAUAGGGAUGAUUGGUACUGCAGAGACCAUGAACCUUGGCAUCAGACUGGGUCUGGACCCCAAGCUGCUGUCAAAGGUCCUCAACAUGUCGUCAGGUCGCUGCUGGUCCAGUGAUACAUACAACCCAGUCCCUGGAGUCAUGGACGGAGUCCCGUCCGCCAACAACUACCAGGGAGGGUUUGGAACAACACUGAUGGCAAAGGAUCUCGGUUUGGCUCAAAACACGGCCAGCGACACCAAGACUGCAGUCCCUCUGGGUUCCCUCGCCCACCAGAUCUACCGAGUCAUGUGCUCGCGUGGUUAUGCUAACAAGGAUUUCUCAUCCGUCUUCCAAUUCCUGCGCGAGGAGGAAGGACAGUGAUCGGAGUGGGAGAGCUGACUGUGAUUUUUUUUUUUUUUUUUUGCAUACACACACACACAGACCACAAUCACACACCCCAGUGCCCCUUAUCCCACUAUGCUCAGGAGAGACUCAGGCCUCACCCUCAGGCACUGAUUUGUAGUCCAAUUAACACACUGUAUGUUGACAUGCGUCUCCUCGUUGCAUUAGCUGAAUCAUACCCAGAAUUCAUAGCACACCCUCAGACUGAGGAAAUGCUAAAACUGACCUUAUAUAAGUGUCUGGAGACGGCAGCAGCAGGACUGACUGAGACCAUGAGGGAAAUGGAAAGGUACGGAAAGAACAACGCAGAUGUGCGUUAGAUUCCAGGAUGAUUGAUAAAUAUUAACAACACGAGUCUGAUGCUGGGAGGUUUGUGGUUUUUGGCCCUGUAGUGUUGACCCACCAAAAUCCCACAUUCACGUGACUACAUCUGAAACGCACGUCUUAAUGACAUAAAAACUCAAGUUUACUUCUUCGUAAUCCUCCUGUCUUUUCCAGGAAGGUCUUUGUUUUACACAGUUACAGUGUUCUUUUCCCAGUAUGUUCUUUGUUACAAGUUCUCACUGUGUGUAGCUGCACCAGGAGAUAAUAAAUAUCAGGUUAUUUUUGUACUGCGUUGAUCCCAGGGUGAUGGGAUGCUGGGCUGUUCUGAUACGGUGACAGGACUUCUUAAAACUUACCUCUCUACGCUGUGUUCUGCCUCUGCUUAUAAAGCCACUGGAGUACAGUAUUACUGCGUGACCAGCACUGUGGCUCGUGUUACACCGUCGACUGCACGUUCCAACGCUCGUUUCAUUUCUUAUUUCGACGAGUUAGGGUGAGUGAGGGACGGCUCCCUCCCGCCGUGAGCCAGUGUACAUAUUGUAUAUUUAAUGUGUAUUUUUGAAAAUGAAAGCCAACUUUUUUUUAGAGAAAAGUCAUUUAUUGUUUCUACGUUCUGCGACGAUAGUUCUGUGAUGCAGACCCUCAGUGACAUACAGUUCAAAAUAAAAGAUGUUCUGUGUAGA